GCGCCCGGCUAUAAAAGGGGGAGCGCCAUGAGCACUCGUGUUGGCGUCUUCCCCGGGGCGUCCGCGUCGCUUGCGUUGGUGGUGAUCCCCAGGAUGGCGACGCCGCUGUCUCGCUGAGCUUCCGUCUUUCUCCCCCCCCCCUGCCGCCGCCGCCCUCGCCUCGGUCUCCCCUCACCACGCGCUGCUGCCGCUGCGGGGACUCCGCCGCUUCCGAGCGUUCCUCGGCCCCUCCCCUAGGUCGACUCGGCCACAAGGGAGUACCCGGUGCGCUGUGUAAACAUCGCCACCGGGGAUUCUACCUCGUGUGGCGUGCCGGCCUUCAUAAGGAUACACGGGGAUCUUUGUCGCGCAAUGCUUUAGGAGCAAACACAAGAAGACGGCCAAGAGGAGGAAGGAGGGGCGAGCGCUUGAGGAGGGAGAGGAGGAAGGGAAGCUCACGAGGCCGUGAUGCGGCCGACGUUGGCCCUGCUGGCGUGCGCCGCGUGGCUGGUGGCGUGCGGCGUGCGUGGCCAGCCGAGGGACGUGUACACGCACACGUGGGCCGUGCUCGUGCCGGGCGGCGCGGCCGCGGCCGACGACGUGGCGGGGAGACACGGCUUCACCAACCUGGGGCAGAUAUUUGGGGAUUACUAUCAUUUCCGGCAUCGGGCGGUCGCAAAGCGAUCCCUGUCAAGACAUCACAACCGGAAUCUGAAGCUGCAAAAGGAACCCAAGGUGCAAUGGGCCGAGCAGCAGGUGGUGAAGGCCCGGAGGAAACGGGAGCUGUUCCAGGAGCCCACCGAUCCCAAGUACUUGCUGCAGUGGUAUCUGCACAACAGCGUGCACCACGACCUGAACGUGCUGGCCGCGUGGAGCCAGGGCGUCUCGGGCCGCGGCGUCGUCGUCUCCAUCCUCGACGACGGCAUCGAGAAGAACCACCCCGACCUGGUGUCCAACUACGAUCCCAUGGCGAGCUACGACGUCAACAGCAACGACCCCGACCCCCAGCCGCGCUACACGGAAAUGAACGACAACAGGCACGGCACGCGCUGCGCCGGAGAGGUGGCGGCCGCGGCAAACAACGACGUCUGCGGCGUCGGCAUCGCCUACAACGCUCGCAUCGGCGGCGUUCGCAUGCUGGACGGGGACGUGACGGACGCGGUGGAGGCCCGCUCGCUGAGCCUCAACCCCCAGCACAUCGCCGUGUACAGCGCCAGCUGGGGGCCCGAGGAUGACGGCAAGACGGUGGACGGGCCUGCGCGGCUCGCACAGGAGGCCUUCGUGCGGGGGAUCACCAAGGGCCGUGGCGGCCUGGGCUCCAUUUUCGUGUGGGCCUCGGGCAACGGCGGUCGCGAGAAGGACAGCUGCAACUGCGACGGCUACACCAACUCGAUCUACACGCUGUCCAUCAGCAGCACGACGGAGAAGGGCAACGUGCCGUGGUACAGCGAGGCGUGCUCCUCCACGCUCGCCACCACCUACAGCAGCGGCGCUAUCGGCGAGAAGCAGAUCGUGACCACGGAUCUGCGGCUCAAGUGCACGGAGAGCCACACGGGCACGUCGGCCUCGGCCCCGCUCGCCGCCGGCAUCAUCGCGCUGGCGCUCGAGGCCAACCCCCGUCUCACCUGGAGGGACAUGCAGCACCUGGUGGUUCGCACGUCCAACCCCUCGCACCUUCACGCCUCCGACUGGGUGACCAACGGUGUCGGUCGCAAAGUGAGCCACUCGUACGGCUACGGUCUCCUCGACGCCGGCGCCAUCGUGACGCUCGCUCGCAACUGGACGACCGUUCCCCCGCAGCGGGCGUGCACCAUGGAGAUGAGCACUGAAGCCCGCCCCAUAGGACAGAAGCUGCUGGUGAGCGGGCGCGUGAGCUCCUGCCUGGGCACCGGCGACUACGUCACCACGCUGGAACACGUGCAAGCCCGCCUCACGCUGGCGUUCAGCCACCGCGGGGAGUUGGCGGUCCGUCUCACCAGCCCAAUGGGCACCCGCUGCACGCUGCUGGCACCCCGGCCUCACGAUUUCUCGACGGAGGGCUUCAACGACUGGGCGUUCAUGAGCACCCACUCGUGGGGCGAGGACCCAACGGGGGUGUGGACCCUGGAGCUGGAGAAUACCGGCAGCGUCCGCAACACCGGCACGCUGAAGCGGUUCACGCUGGUGCUUUACGGCACCGCUCACCGCAAGCGCAGCCUGCAGGGCGUCCCCACGGUGGCGUCGAGCGUCGCUUGCCGAGCGCGCGACCCUGCGGGGCUCUGUGUGGAGUGUAGGCCGCCCUUCCUGCUGUUGGGCCACGCCUGCGUGCAGCGCUGUCCCAACGGCACCUUCGCCAGGGAGCCGGAGCAGCAGCCCGGGGGGGCGAGGAGGAGGCGGUGGCUGCGGGAGCGGCAGUGGAGGCCGGAGGAUUCGGAGGAUUCGGAGGAGCAUCGGGUGACGGAACAACAGUGGAAGCGAGACGACUGGCAGCAGCAUUUUCCACCCAGCCGCGGUGGACCGUCGUCGUCGUCGUCGUCACCUCCACCACCGCGGUUAGCAGCAGCUGGAGCGUCGUCGUCGUCUUCGUCGCCGUCGCUGUGCGAGGAGUGCGACGCAUCGUGCGUGUCGUGCUGGGGGCCCGGCCCGGCCGCGUGCCUCUCGUGCGCUCCCCACUCGCGCCUCGUUGCGUCGCGCUGCGUCCCGCAGCCGCAGGUCGGCCGUGCGUCCCCUCCGCUCUCCCUCUCGUCGUCCGGCGACGGCGACGGCGGCGCGUCCCCCGAGGCGACGACGCCGCCGCUGGUGGACUUGCGGCGCGCCGCCGCGGUCGCCUGCGUCGCCGCCGUCGCCCUCUUCGCCGUCCUCUUUGCCGUCCUGCAGCUGCGCUCCGGCGAGUGCGGUGCCGGUGCCCGCGCCCUGAGGACCGUGUGGUUCACCUCGGCCGGAGGUGGCGGUGGAGGCGGCGGCGGCGGCGGCUCCUGCUGCUGCGGGGACGUCGGCGAGAGCGGAGGAGGAGGGGGAAUGGCCGUGUCGUACGAGGAGCUGAGCGCCAAGGCGCCCGACGAGGGCUUCAUGGACGAGGACAGCGACGCAGAGCUGCACAGCGAGACGCGGGCCUUCAUCCAGGGCUGACGACGCCGCCGCCGCCAUCGCCUUUCGUCCUGGUUACUGUUCCCGGGGUCGCCCUCUCCGUGUGCGUCUCUGUCGUUGUGACUGUGGCCGAUCUCGCUCCUGGAGACGUUCCCCCGUCUCCGCUUGAGUCGUUGUUUCGCUGCUGAUGCUGCUGAUGCUGAUAAAUGCCCGAGGACGCGAAACAUCUCGCGUCGCGAUGUUUGUCGGCCGUGAGAAUGACCACGCGAUCCCGCCGCUCGAUGCGUUCACGUUUUAUCUCUUUCCCCCCCCCCACCCCUCCCACUUGCGGUAUUGUUGCGAGGCUAUUUAUCUACCCACCCCACACCUGUCCCACCCACGCCCCACCCCGAGGUGGCAACCCGACCUGACGGGGAGCCGUGGAAGAUGGCGGCCGUUGUUUAUUGGCCGUGCGUAAAAUCCAUCUCUAGCGCCGUUUUAUAAAUCUCGUGGGCAGAUUUGAGUUGGCCGUUGUUGCGGUGCAGCUGUUUGUGUGUGUGUGUGUGUUUUAGUGUGCUUUGUCUUGUUGGGGGGUGGUUGUUUGUCUUUGUUUGAGGUUUAUUGUGUCGUCUAGGGAUUUGUUUGUGACCUCACCAAAUUUAGAUUUCCGUUGCGUGUGCACGUUUUUGAUUCCGCGUUUGCAGUUUUUCGUUUUUAGGCGGAGAUUCAUUUUUUUAACUCGUCAUUUUGUUGUGGUUGUUGCUCGUCAGAAUUGGGUGUUUGCGUGCAGCCCGUUUCGUUUAGUCGUUGGGACGAAGCGCCGCCGUGCGACCGUUUUGUUUUUGUCGUUGGUAGCUUCCGUCUUGUUCCAGUCACGCGUUCUCUCUCUCUCUCUCUCCCCCGUGCAUUUUUUUUGCGUCCUCUGCCGCGUGCCGUUCAGGACGAUGUCUCUAAAUGACGUCGUUUCGUCACGCGAGCGGCACGACACGAGAUGGCGCGCGCGUGCGAGGGUUGCGCAGCUGUGCACGUUGCAUUAUUAUUUUUCUUCCUUCCCGGUUGUUUUCGUCUUCAUGAUGCAGCUGUGCUCGGAGUGCAAAUUCCUCGUUUGUCCUUAAGACAAUUCCGGUCUUUGUGUUUCUGCAGCUAUCUUUAAGUUUUUGUUCGUCGUUAAUUCUUUCACGUGGUUUUUUUGUGUAAGUUUUGGCAGCAUCAAAAUGUUUUGUUAUUUUUGUGGCCCAUUUUUUUGUGCGAACUUAAUAGUUGAGCUCCCCAAUAUUUGUAAAAUGUUUUUUGUUUAAUGGUUUUUUUUUGUGGUGGGUACGUGUGGCCCAUCUCCAAGGUCCGUCGACACCACACUACACCUUCGUUGUUUGCCGCUGGCAAAUAUUUUCACGGGAGCCAAGAAAUUUUUUUUUUUGGACCGUCCGCACGUGGUUUGCUGGAAACCUCUUAAACACCGGGUUUGCAAGUGGCUAUGUUCGUAAUUGUUAACACUGUUUAGCUAAUUAUCACCGGCUAUUGGUUAGCCUCCAGCGUGCUGCACCUGUGGAUGUUGAGGUUUAUCGUGUGCGUAUACGCCGGCGUCGCUGCGUGCGCGCAUCGACACGCUGUAAGUCUACUCUACGGUGUAUGAUGGGAUGGUAUAUGCACAUGUCUUUAUUUUGACUCUGCUGUUUCGAACCUGUAGAGUGGUGUGUGCCAAUGUGCACUGUGUGUGUGUGCGCGCGUGUGCCAGUGUGCACUGUGUGUGUCGGGAGCGGUAGUGCAGCGGUAAGCGCCGCUACGAACCCGGUGACCAAAGGUUCGAGUCCCGAUCGCGGCCAACACCAGGUGAUGGAUGAUCUGAACCGUUCUUGGGUCUCCCCUAUGUCGACUCGGCCUCAAAUGAGUACCCGGAGCGGUGUGUAAACAUCACCGCCGAGGAGACAAAGGCGGCCGGCGUGGUGCUGGCCACCCACCCCCUCGUGUGCCGUGCCGGCCGCCUUCACAGGUGCUGCUACUCGCUAACAGCACUUGCCCGAAUAGUCAGUUGAAGGCUAUACGGGGAGGAGAUCUUUGUCUCUAUUUGUAUAUAUUUGGUCUUGUAUAUGUUUUGUAUACGUGUAACAUCAUGUUCACGUGCAGAUAUAAAGUGCAUCUAUUUUAAAUACAUGUGCCUAUAAUGUUGCUGAAAUGGUGUGUAUUUAUACUGUAUAGUGUUUUCUGUAUGCUACAUGUUGUGAAUGUACCUAUAUGUGUGUGUCUGCCCAUCUACACUAUGCAUUAAGUACGUGCGUGUGUGUGUGCACUACUUCUGUAAUACACACACAGCCAGUGUGUCGUGUAAUAUUACCUAUAUGGUGUGUGCCGUUACAUCAGCACUGUGUGAGGAGCGGUGGCACAGCGGGUUGGCGCACUGCGGUGGUGUCUGACCCCCCCCCCCCUCCCUGUUUUGCGUGGUGUGAAACUAAAUAUCCAACACUGGAGAGACAGGUUGCAGAGCGUAGCGCUGUGAUGGGUCGCCUUAAUAGGUGCUUGCAAACAACAACAACAACACUUUGCCCUGGCAAGCGGUGUACAAGCUUUACGCUUCCGUUGUGUAAAUCUGUGUAGUUCUGUUGAAAAAAUGUGCGUGUGAAAGUACUGUAUACAUACAUAUCCAGCAAAGGACAGCAUAGUCUUAAGUGUCUGUAUAUAAAACGGGUGCGUGUGUGUGUAAAUAGAUGUACGAAACAUUGCUGCUGCUGCUGUUGCUUGGGGUAAAAGAAUGCAAAAAAAAAAUUGAAAGUCCUUUUUACAACACGUGACUUAAAUUCUUGGUUGCUUUACAUUCACAGUCCGACGUUUUAAUUGCAAGUGUUAUCGAACGUCUCGCCGCUUGUGUUUUUCGCAUACACGAAUAUUUACACAUACCCUGGUGCGCGUGUACAUUAUGUACAUGUAGCCGAUUUUCAGCAACAUGCCGUAGGUGUGCGCGUGCACGCACUGUGUGACAGCGUUGCGGUGGUGCAGCCGUUAGCGCCGCUGCGCUACGAACCCGGCGAAACGCGUUCCCAAUCCGGCUCACGGCCACCAACACCAGUGACGAUUAUCUGAACCGGUCCUGGGCCUCCCCUAGGUCGACUCCACCUCCAAAUGAGUACCUGGUGCGGUGUAUCAACAUCGCCACUGGGGAGACAAAGGCAGUGAGGUGCGAUGCUGGCCACCCACUCCCUCGUGUGCCGUGCCGGCCUUCGUAGGUGCUCCCAAGGAGCACUUCUGCCUCCCGGUCUGUCAAGGCGACACGUGGGGGAUCGGUGUCUUUAUCUUAGACGAAACAUGUUAAUCCUACAACACCGCAUGUACAGGGACUCCCCUACUUUCGAACACGUUAGGUUCCAGAGGUUACAAGUGUGCACGCCCUACAAGUUGUAGGGCGUGCACACUAAACACGGAAUGGCUUUAACAGUCGUAUAACCUCCUGCAGAUGUAGAUGCCACUGGUUCUUCACGUUCUGCAGAUGUAGAUGCCACUGGUUCUUCACGUUCUGCAGAUGUAGAUGCCACUGGUUCUUCACGUUCUGCAGAUGUAGAUGCCACUGGCUCUUCACGUUCUGCAGAUGUAGAGGCCACUGGCUCUUCAUGUUUUGUAGAUGUAAAUGCCACUGGUUCUACAGAUAUAGAUGCCACUGGUUCUGCAGAUGUAGAUGCCACUGGUUCUUUGCGUUCUGCAGAUGUAGAUGCCACCGGUUCUUCACGUUCUGCAGAUGUAGAUGCCACCGCCACCUCUGGCCCACCCAGCAGUAGUUGCGAAUGGAAAGUUGCUGCAGUUAGCCGAUGGGCAAGGCCGCGUGUCGCAGCGGGGUAAAAACUAAACUAAACUUUUUAUUUUAUUUAUUUUACCAGCUAAGGCCCCACCCCGAGGUGUGUGUAGCUCGUUUUCAGAAGCGACCUGGCUGUCACAAAUGAUAGCUGGACGAAGUGGCUUGUCCACGCGGGGAUUUAUACGAACAGGCAAAUCUCGUGUUUCUAAAAUGAGGAGGGGGGGGGGGACCGGAGGACCCGGAGAGAAAGAUCCACGCCACCGACGGGGAGACGCGCAAACAAAUCUAACAGGGAGUUGGGAUCGAGCCCACGAACCCCUGUAGACCAGGCGAGGUAGUUAACAUCUCGCAAAGUGUGUGGGUACCCCCAGCUCUUUCCAAUGCGUCCAGCCAGCGUUUGAGUUAUCUCGCUAACAGAGCCUCCUCCAUCCGCCACCAGUGCGGCGUGCACGCGUAAAUAUCUCCACCUAAUUCUAGAUGCUGUGUGUUUUGUUUGUACCGUUUAGACACACUCAGACACACACGCUCACCCCCCCCCCCCCCAAAAGUUUCGCUGCUCAAACAAGCAAGAGACACCCCCCCCCCCCGUGCCCUCCUCUGCAGUCGGCAGCCCUGCCAGAGCCAGUGGUGGAAAUUCCACAUCCCUAUGACAGUUCCCAUUUACCCGGCACGCGCGUAUGUGUACACGCACACGGAGAUGAUAUAAUGCGCGUCUGUAUUUACGUGUUUUGUCGUGCGGUAUGUUUUUCAGUUUUUCUGUUUCAUUUAUUAGGCAUAAACACGUUUAUGUUUAACGUUAAUGUAACACUUAAACGCGCACAGUUCUGGUGCUGUGUUAAGGUUCUUUUUUUUAGAUGUACUACUGAUGGCUCAACGGCAUAUAAUGAAAGCUUACGGUCAAUAUUCACACAAGCUGGGCUAGCCUACAAUGCAAACACGCGCGCGUGUGCCCGUGUGUUUAUGCGCGUGUGUGUGGGGAGCGGUGGUGUAACGGUUAGCGCGCUGCAAACCCACGGCGACUCGAGUUCGAUUCCCGCUCACGGCCAACACCAGUGACGAUUAUUUUCUGAACCGGUCCUGGGCCUCCCCUAGGUCGACUCGGCCUCAAAUGAGUACCUGGUGCGGUGUGCAGUAAACAUCGUCACGGGGGGAGACAAAGGCGGCCGGCCGUGGCAGCGGCCUUCGUAGAUGCUCGCUAACAGCACUUGCUCCAACAUUCUGUUAAGGCUAUACGAGGGAUCUUUGUCUUUUGUGCGCGUGUGUGGUGGCACUUGCCCCAAGACUCCACGAAGGCUGUACGAGAACCUCUGCCUUUAUGAUGCGCUAAGAGCUCAGUCACUGCCCUCGCUGUGACGCCUGAUCCUGACUCGCUUCAAUUUGCGAAUCUGAACCUUUCCCCUCGGCCGACUCUGCCUUCAAAUGAGUCGUCCCUUGGUGCAGUGGUGGUGGUGGUGCUGUGGUAUGGUGUGUGUGCGGUCACGACAGGUAGGCCGGGGGGGGGGUCGUGCAUGUGUGCUGGCCUUCCUGGUCUUAAUAGGCGCUCUCUGAUACCCGCUUGCUUUUCCCACUGGAACAACCGUGCCGAGCUGCUGGUUUCUUGUUUUCCCACUGCACGAGCCGAGACACGCCAGCGACGCGACCGUCUUUGCGGGUUACGUGGGGGGGGGGGGGGGGGUCUUGGCACGACGUUCACGCGACGUUCACGCGACGUUCGCCCCCUGAUCCUCUCCCCCGUGGGUUCAUUCGGACGUCGUCUUGCUGCUGCUCUUCUGGCUCCGUGGGUUAUCGCAGCUCCCUUCUUGAGCACUCCUUUUUGGGUUUGGUUUUGUCCUUGCACGCACCUCGCGAUUCAGCACCGGUUGGCCUACGUACGGUGUGAAAGAAAUUCUACAUACACACUACUUUGCACCACCUGUACAACAUUGAGAACGCAAUUACGUUAGCACGGCUUUGUGUUUUAGUUUUCCGUCUUUCUCCCCGCACCUCCGAUUUCGCGCGGUUGGCUCUGUGAUGCGAAAUAAAUUCUUCACACAGACGACUACUAUACACUACACUGUAAACUACACUGCGAAAUACGACGCCACGAUACCACAUUGAGAGUUAAUUUCUUUCGCGCUGAUUUUUGCGUGCUCCGUUUGACCUUCCCGCCCACCUCCGAUAUUUUUUUAGCACGGUUGGCCUACGUACGGUGCAAAAGAAGUUAAACAUACCUGCAAUGGGACAAACGUGUAGGGGGGUGGCAGCAGCCGUAGCCGUGACAGCCCCACACUGGCACGGCACGCGUGCCAGUGUCGCCGUGACAGCCAUUCAGUAAGGUUUCUCACGUAAACAAAACAUGGAAAUUCGUUACUAGUACAGCAAUGCUGUGUGUGGGUUCACUCUUCAACACACCGCCGGUGUGCUGAACUAGUAGCGGAUUGACACGUUUUGUUUUAUCUGACUGCUUACAAAUUGGGCUGUGUCGGGUUUAACGACACAUUCAGAUUUACGCGAUCUAACCCCAAAAUCCUCCUUGUGGAUAAUAUCGGUCGUGAAAUCGAUACAUGUUUUUAUAAACUCCACCACCACCCUCACCGUUAACUUCCAUGCUGACACCACACUCAUUACUGCCCUCUUCAUUUGGAAUCCUUUUUUUGUAUCAAACAUGAAAACAAUGAAAGCUAUCGUAACAAAAAAAACCUAAGGCUCACCGGCACACUCCGAAAUCCUGCACAGGCAAUCUGAGCAUACACACAGUGUAACAAUCCUGAGUGGGGGGGGGGGGGGGUCAUGGUCACGGAACCCAAAGUCUGCGACCUCUCCUCCCACGCUAUAUGCAGCAGCUUCACCGAUGAGUGCCCUAAAGAAUGUCGUCGUCCUUCACGGAGCCCGCACCGCGCUGCUUGCUUGGAUAGUUUCAAAAGUCCUGAACCAGAUGUUGAUGUUGUUGUUUUUAAAAUCCUAUGGACAAUCUUUGAAUCGUGCCGGGUGAAGGGCGGGGUGGUAGGGAGGAUGGGGGGGGGUAAGUAAAAUUAGGUUUUGGGUUUUGUGUUUUUAAUUCCACCGAUGCCAAAAUCUCGCGUGACGCUUUGGUGAAUGGGGAUGGGUGGGGGGGCACUGUGGCUCCGGCCAGUGGGGGGGGCCGCGCUGGCGACGUCGUGGCGCCUGAGAGACGCUCACGACGGCGUGGGGGGGGGCGACACGUUGAUGCUAAAUCCGUGGCUUCUCGCUUUGCCAGCGCGUCCGUCCAUCCGUGACGACGAGAAACAACGCGCCCAGCCGCGGCACUGACCGGCGUCUGAAUUUGUUCGCUGAAGAUGGGAUGGGUUUUUUUGUCUUUUUUUCGGACGCUGCCGCCACUUUUGGGAAUUUUAUAGCUGGAAAGGAUGGUGCUGUGGCAGUCGACGAUGUGAUGAUGAUGAUAUGUCAUUCGUAAAUGUUUCACCCCCACCCCCCUGUCCCCAACAAGCCUUGCUCGCUAUUACCGGAGUGUAAGCUUCUGAAAGUCCUGUGAUAGGUCCUAGUAACUUAAUACGAAUGCUUUGGAUGAAGGUAAAAUUUAACCUCGUUUUUAAAUGCAGGUGGUUCCCAGACUUUUAGACGGUGGACUCCAAAUCAAAACCACCAAGGCCAGAAUGCAGAUGGCUCCCUAUCCACGCCUGAGUUCGUGAAUGCGGCAUUAUUAGUAAGGCAUUUGUUUUUCGCGUUGUGUAAUUCGCGUGGUUUUUUUUUAGUCGGUAAAGCGUCUCCACGCCGUGUGUAUCGUCCCCCUCCCCCAAACGUGGUGCUGUCGUGACACCGACACGCACAUCCACAAUUCUAAAUUCCUCCUGCACGGUGUCCAUGACGCAGCCUGCGCCCACCAGGUACAUCAAUGCCCCGCUGGUUUUUCCCCAAGGUUUAGCUUUGCAGAUUCCAGACUUUUUUUUUGGUGAGACGAGUAGUGCUGUUUAUUAGGCUCCUGCAACAUUCUCCAAUCCUACAGCGUGUGCCCGCGAAAUCCCGCCUCUGCUACUGCUACUGCCCCUGGCCUCCCCUCUCCCCGCUUUGCCUUGUGACCAAAUCUCGUCCAUGAGCCCCCCCCCCCAGACCCCAGACGUUCCACUUCGGCGGGUUGCCAAUUUGUCUUCACGGCCGAUUUUAACGGGGCGGUUACGCCGAUACCCACUUAUCGCGCAAGUCGGCCUUGUAAAGUAGUAAACAAAAGACGACGACAACACCCUGAAAGUUGUUGCUGAUGCUGCUGCCUUCUACAGGUGCGGGGGGGAGCCCCACAGACUAUACACGGACCCUUGAACCCCCAUGGACAAUUUGGGCCCAUAGACUUUUUUGACCCAUGGGCUAAUAUAGACCCUUGGAUAGUUUGGACCCUUGGAUAAUUUGGACCCAUGGGCUAAUAUGGACCCAUGAGCUAUAUGGACUAUUUGGACAUUUUGGCGUUUGCUCCGCCGUUGCCUGAUGGGCAAGAAACGAGGGGGGAGCGAUCGGGACUUUUCGCUCGUCUCGCGUUCGUCAAAGAUCCGCCUGCUUGUUGUUGUUCCUCGUCCUCCUCCUCGCACCGACGGUCUCCGUUCUCCCCGGGAGGGCGACCUUCGGUUCGUUUUGGAUACCCAAAGCCCCCCCCCCACCCCCCUCCACCCCCCUCCACCCCACCUCGAGGUGCGGUUUGAAUGGGAAUGUAGCUUUGAUUGCUUUAAGUUGAUUUUUGAGGUCCAAAAAACUAUUGAGUGAACUACAAACAUUUAAUGCAAGCUAUAUAUUUAAGAAACGUGAAAAGAAUAUACUUUGUGACCAAGUGGAUGGGUAAUUUUGUACAUAUUGGUCUGCGAAACUGCUGUUUGCAUAUGUUAAUCUGUACGAGUGAAUUAUUUUUUGCAUUUAAAAUAAAGAUGUUGACUUUGCGGGAGAUUUAGACGAUUUGGCCUCGCAGCUUAACGUGAGUAAGAAAUAAACUUAAACACUUUA